AUGAAAGAUACUAACGUGCCAUGUUGCGAGCUUGAAUUCUGGGCAUAUCUCAUUAUCUCUUUCAUCCUUAUAUCAUUAGCUGGUAUCACAUCAGGUCUUGCUCUAGGUCUCUUGUCCUUCAGCCAAGUUGAGCUUGAGGUCUUUGUCAAGUCUGGUCUGCCACAAGACCAGAAGAAUGCAGCUAUUCUUAUGUCAGUCACCCUCGUACUUGCAUUUGCAGAGAUCAUCCCUCAAGCUGUGUGUGCUCGAUAUGGACUAAGUGUUGGUGCAAAAUUAUCUGUCUUCGUUCGAUUUCUUCUGCUUGUCUUCUACCCUAUUGCAUACCCAAUUAGUAAGCUGCUGGAUUGGUUGCUCGGGAAAGCACAUUCUGCACUUUUAAGACGAGCAGAGCUGAAGACAUUGGUUUGCUUACAUGCAAAUGAGGCAGGGAAAGGAGGAGACUUGUCACAUCAUGAAACUACUAUUAUUUCUGGUGUUUUGGAUUUGACACAGAAGACUGCUAAAGAUGCUAUGACACCCAUAUCAGAAAGCUUUACUCUGAAUAUAAACUCGAAACUCGACAUGCAAACAAUGAGAUUAAUAAUGAGCAAAGGUCACAGUCGCAUACCUGUCUACUCCGGAAGCCCGAACAACGUUAUCGGCCUCAUUUUGGUAAGAAACUCAAGAUUUGGAAUUGAUCUUGCUCAAUCACUAGCUGUUAAAAGCUUGAUAUUCUGUCAUCCUGAAGAUGAAACCCCAAUCAAAUCUAUGCCUAUUAGGAGAAUUCCAAGGGUGACUGAAGAUUUCGCACUAUAUAGUAUACUGAAUCAAUUCCAGAAGGGUCACAGCCACAUGGCUGUUGUUGUGAAGAGGAAGGAGGAUUUGAAAAGCACUGUUAAUCAUGCAGUAUUCAAGCAUUCCAAGUUGGAAAUUGUCACUCAUCCAAAUCCAAAAACAACACAAGCAGAGAGGAAAGCUAACAUAGAUGAUAGAGGAAUUAGCUCUCCAUUUUAUCAGAUUGAGUAUUCUGAUAUAUCCACAAAUGCUUCCCCUUUGUAUUCCAAUAACAAAGACUAUCAAAGUCCAAAACAAAACAAAGAUCUGAAUACUUCAAGAAAAAGCUGGGAAAAAAGGGAGAAAAAUAUUUCGUAUGAAGAUUUAGAAUCUCUACGGAAUGAUUUAGAAGAGGAGGUUAUUGGCAUUAUAACAAUGGAGGAUGUUUUGGAGGAACUGCUACGGAGUUAG